UUUAUCCGAAGCUCAAUCCUGAGGUGCUAUUGUCCAGUUUCAUCUUCUUCCUUUCUGCUGGUUCAAUUUUCCCUAUUGCAGUUUCCGUUUGUGUGAAACUGAAAUGCAGCUAUCUCUGACCAUCACAUUUCAACACUAGUUUCCUCAUAAUAAUUGAAUGUGAACACACUUGUACCAAAGUUAUUAACCAGAAAUCUCCACCACAUAUCGUCACACAGCUAUACCUCAUUUCCAGCCUCUCAAGUCAAUAAAGUUUACAGCUUUUCACAAAAUUAAAAUUCCCAAUCUAUCAAGUAAAGAAUCCAAUACUCUCACCACCCAACUCUCUCUUUCUCUACAUUUAUUUAUGCCCAACAUUCAAUUUCCAGCUGCAUUCUUUCUUCUUCAUUCUUCUGCCAAACUUACAUCUUACUGAUCAAAAUCAAAAUGCCUAAUGUUGUGGAACUGAAAGUUGGCUUGCACUGUGAGGAGUGUAUCAGGAAAAUCUUAAAGGCCAUCAAGAAGAUAGAGGAUAUUGAAACUUACAACGUGGACACCCAACUCAACAAAGUCAUAGUGACGGGUAACGUCACAACAGAAGAAGUGAUCAGAGUUCUUCAAAAGAAUGGCAAAUCUGCAAGCACUUGGGAGGAAGCUCAACUCAAUUGUUGAAUAGAAUAGCCCAGCGAAUCAGCUUAGCAAGUUAGCAUUUUAGCACUUGAUCUUUACAUCUUUAUUAAUGGCUGCUGCCAUUAAAGAUCAUAAAUUUGUACCGGUUGUUUCAACCAAAUCAACUCUCCGAGGAAUAUCCAAAUAUUAAUAAACAAAACCAUUGCUCUA